GUUUGGUACUCCGUACUCCGUACCAGCCCUGAGCAUUGGGCGCAUGCUUUGUCCAGUCUGCAGUGCAGUCGCCGGUUGUUUCUCUCCAUGUCUCCAUCUCGGACUGCAGAUCCUUCUUCUCCCUCGUCUCCCCCUCCGCCUCGCUCUCAGCAGAGUCUGGAGACUGCGACAGUCACGAGCCGGCCGACCGGGCAACGACCACAAUACACAAACAACAAGCUGCAUGGGCAUGCAUGGUAGACCAACCCCGACCAAAUACCCCAACACGCUUCCCGUCGAACCCGCCCCUGAAUCGCGUCUCCCGAACCCGACCCAGCUCUCAGGGCCACCUCUCAGAGCCACUCAACACCAACAGUGCUGCCGUGAGCAUCCUCGAGAGCAUCCCAAGCACAACACAACAUAACACAACAACACAACACAACCACACCACCUGCCGUGGCGCAUGACCUGACCCCCUCCCCAGCCUGGUAGCCAAGGGAGGAGGCUGUCUCGGGCCCAUGGACAAGACAGAUACUGGCACUGGCACCGGCAAAAUGGACUCUCCCGAGAGCACCAUCGACCUUGCAGCUCGCAGGCCCCUGCCCGAAUCGUCGUCCACCCCGACCCUCGACGUCGACAGCCUCGACCACCACCCUCGAGAUAUCUCGCGACCUUCGACCGCCUACCGAGUCCAAGACCAAGACCACGACCACGACCAUGGAGGUGCCAACGACCAGCCCCGCGACAACGACAACAGCAACGAGCCCACGCCGGCGCCCCCAACGUCCUCCGCGCCACGCACCGUCCUGAGGGCCGAUGAUAUCCCAAACCUCCGCCCUCCAAGCGGCUUGCGACACCAGGGCGACGCCCAGCAUGCUGCCAGCGCGGGCGACUACAGCUUUGCCGAGGGCCACAGCGCCGUGCCCGAGUCCGAGCCCAACGAUUCCUACAUGGCCCAUGUCAAGAGGCAGCUGCAGGACAUCGAGUCCAGCUUCACCACCCCGAUCUCUCCUCUUCCUACCCUCCACUCCCUCGGCCAGGACGACACCUUCGUAUUCGACUCUCCCUCCAAACCUCCCAAGCCGCCCACCCCCGCCCCCGCCCACGCUCCUGCACCGACCCCCGCCUCCUCACAGCCGCCAGCUCCCGGGCACACGGCCGGAGACGACCCUUCCCUGCCCCACAUUCCUCCGCCUGCCGGGUCCGACCACACAAGCCCCGAACCCAAGACAGGGCCAGCGGACCAGCUCCACGCCCCCGAGGGCACAUCCGCCUUGGAAGCCUUCUCGUCCUCUCCCACUGGUGCCACCACCGCGCGGACAAUCUCAAGAGCAAUGUCAAGGAUCAGCAAUGCGCAUACCAACAGCGGGACCGCCGAUGAUAACCAGCAACCCCACGAAGACGGCGACAGCAUCGCGCACCAUGACUCAUUCGUGGACGAUUCCUUCCUCCGACCAGCCAACACGUCAGGGACGUCGGGAGCUUCGGCGACCUCGGCGACUUCUUCGCAGCGGCACCCUGAUGCCGACAUACCAAAAAUAAGCGUAGACGCGGGGAGCACACCCGGCCAUGGACUCAAGAGCGGCAAGCGCCCAAAAUACUUGCGGAGCCGCAUGGCCAGUCAUCAUUCGUCCUCGUCCUCUUUCAACGACGACAUCGAAAGCGACGUGACUGCCGGGACUGCGGGGGGUCUCGGUGCCGACUAUGCUUUGCAGUCAGGCGGUGCGAUACCGGCUUUGGGAACAUCACGAAACAGCAGCAUGAGCAACAUUGUCACACGGCAGAUAAGCAUGGGAAGCAUGGCCUCUGAUUUCCGGGAGGACUCGACAGGGCGCAUCGGUGUCGAGCCACUCGAGCCUCUGGAUGAAUACGAGGGCAUGUCCUCCGAUAACCCCAACGACGACAGGCUCAAGACACCCAAGGCCCCGAGGCAGCCCCUGACAGAGCCGACCGACACGGCUAUCGCCCGGCACGUUCGAAACGUACAGGUUCCCGAAUCCCUUGCGAGAGAAUACCGGAGCAAGACCGGGUUUGUCACCCCCCGGAGGAAGCUGUCCGAGGUCAAUCUCGGCGCGAGCGUGAGCACCACUCGCACCGCAAAGAACCUCACCCUGAAGGAACAGAGCAGCACCAUAGAACGGCUGUCCAAGGAGAACUUUGACCUCAAGCUCAAGGUUAUGUUCCUGAGCGACCGUCUCGACAAGCUCUCCGAAGAAGGUAUUAAGGAGAUGAUCUCGGAGAACGUGGAGCUCAAGACCAGCGUGGCUGUCAUGCAGCGCGACAACAAGGUCCUUCGCCGCCGUGUCAAGGAGCUCGAAAAGAAGCUCAAGGAUGAGGAUGAGCGACCCGACACCGCCAAGAGCGGUGGGUCCUCGGGCCCCGUGCCGGACGACUAUGACGCCCACGCCAACGAAGAGGAGCUGAUCUAUCUCCGGGAGCGGGUUGACGAGUUCAUCACUGAGAUUGAGCGCCUCAAGCAGGAGAGCAUGAACAAGGAGGCAGAGAAGAGGCGCAUGGCCGAGGUGGUCAAGAACCUGCAGUCCGUUAAUGAGAACCGCGUGGGCGAGUCCCUCGGCCAGCACGACGACGAGCUGGAUGCGUGGAAGGAGUUGUACAACCAGGAAAGCGCGCGGCGAGAGCAGUCGGACGAGGAGAACAAGAGGAUGGGCGAGGAGAACCGCACCCUGCGCGAUGAGAUCUUCCGGCUGAAGCAGGAUUUGGCCAACAGCACCCACAACCUCGGGGGUCGGCCGUCGUCCCAUGCCUCACAGCCGUCAGGAAUGAGCCACACCACUAAUAUCUACAACAUCACCAAGAAGAGCCGCCCCCAGUCACCUUCAAGGCCACAAACGCGCAUGUCAGAGGCCGAUACCAUGAAUGGGGCAAUGAGCGUCAGCGUGUCCCUGGUGGAGGAACUCCGCCGAGAGAGCGAGCAGCUGCGGCAUGAAAAUACCGAGCUGAGGCGCGAGGUCGGCGCCCAGACGUCAAUGCUGACAUCAAGAAACCGCGAGAAGGAGAGGCUCUACCAGGAGAUUGAGGAUCUGAAGAUGGCAGCUCGACGGGGCGGGCCCACGCCAUCAACAAUCGACAGUCUUCUCGACAGGUCGGCCUCCCGUGCCGGUGCCCACGACCGGCCGCAGUCCCGUGGGAGCGGCAUGACUCGCACCGCAACGCUCGAUGAAGACCCGGAGCGCGAGGAGCUUGAGAACAAGCUGGCCGAGUUCCGAGACAAGCUCAACGAGGCCAAGAUGCAGAACCAGGAUCUGCAACAGGAGCUUGGCAACUACAUGCAGGAGUAUGAGGCCGAACUGGAAGGCAGGAAGCAGGCCGAAACAGCAGCCCAGCAGCUGCAGGAAGAGCUCGAAGCCACCCAGAAUGACCUGCUCACGUUGCAGCAGGAGCGUGACGAUCUCCUGCAGGAGAACUCCGGGUUGGACCACGAGUUCAACGCGCUACGCGAGGAAGCACAGGACGAGAUCGACCACCUCGAGAACGAGAACGAGCAGCGGGAGCAAGAGAUCGCGCGACUCAGCCAAGAGCUUGCUGAGCGCAAUGAGAAUCAAGAGGCUCUGCAGGAAGAGAUGCGCCGGCUGAGCGAGGACAUGAUACGCUUUGAGGACACCCAAGAAACGCAGCUCCAACGCAUUCAGGAACUGGAGACAGAGCUGGCCGAGGCGAACAAGGAGCUCGAGGACCUCGAGGCCAAGCUUCUCGAAGCCAACGACAAGGCGCAGAGGCUGGGCAUCCAGCUCGAGUCGACCCAGAGUGAGAUCUCGUUCCUGCGAGAAGAGCAGGAGGGCGACAAGCUGCGCAUCGGUGACUUGGUCGGCCAGUUGGCAAACACCGAGCUUGCGCUGCGCGAGGAGAAGGAACGGGUUAAGGAGCUCGAGAACCAACUCCAGUCGGAGCGACACCAGCGCGAGGUCGUGGCGAACCAGGAAAAGGCGGACGUGCAGCAGGUGGUCAACAAUCUUAACAGGGAGUUGUCCACGUCCAAGGAUGAAGCUAGGAAGCUGCGUAAGAGCCUUUCUAGGCAAGAGACCGAGACGACGGAGUGGAAGGCGAGGUUGGUGGAGCUCGAGAAUAAUCUGAGGGAGGCGCUCGGCGAUCUCAAUGGCACGAGAUCCAGCUUCCUCCGGGACAUUACCAAGCUCCAAAAUGACCUCGAUACCACCUGCCGGGAGCUGGAUGCCACCCGGGCCUCGCUCAACGAGAAGGAUCAUCUCAUCAAGCAGCGUGACGAACUCCUCGAGAGCCACGCGCUCGAAUCGCGUCGACUUGGCGACACCCUCGCCAAGGAACAGCAGGCGCACCGCAACACCAAGCACCAGUUCGAGACAUACCAAAAAACACAGCAGCACGUCCACGGCACAAUGUCCUCUGCCGAGCUCCGCAUCAAGGAGCUGGAAGCCGCCAAGAGCCAAGACAAACAGCGGCUUACCAAGCUCGAGGCGUCGCUCAAGGAACAGCUCAACGAGCGGAACAGUCUUCUUCUGGUGCUGUGGACGCGCCUCUCAAGCCUCUGCGGGACUGACUGGGCGCACGACAACAGCCUCAUCAGCGGCCGUGCCCUCCCAUCUCUCGAAUCGGUCGCGACCAUGCUUCCCGGGUUCAGCAAGAACCUCCUGGCUGCUGUCAGGACCAUCGAGUCGAUCGUCAGCAAGUUCCAAGACCGGGUCAAGUCGGUUGAGCGGGAACUCUGGCGUGAGUACCAGCACCUCGAGGACAGCCUCGACAAGCGCAUCAAGAAGCUCGAUAAGAUCGAGUCGAUUGUCCGCAACGGAGUGGCCACGGGGUCUAUCGGGAUUGCGGGCCAGAUGAGCCAGGCCCUCCUCGAGGAGCAGAAACAGCGCCUGGCGAAACUCGAGGAUGCAUAUCGCCAGCUGAAGGUGGAGAACGCGACACUCCGCACGGCCAACGAGGUCCGCCACGCCAUGCUCGACCCUCGGGCGGAGCGGGGCGACGAUGACGAUGGCAGCCCUAGCCCAAGCAUCCCGACCGGGCCGACAGGACGGGCCAGAUCGGGCGAGAGGGGCAGCGGGCGCAGCCGCCAGAGCUCGCGGCACGUCAGCGGUGGGGCGCCGACGACAUCGAGCGGAUCGUCAACGCACCGAGCAACGAGCCGAACCUCGACGAUGACCCGGGAGACCAUGACACGAGAGACCAUGACGAGGGAAAAAUCGAACGAGAUCGCGGCCGCGCAGGACGUGAUUAAUGAGUACAGCCCACGCCACAGCAGCCUCAGCAACCACAGCAACCAUAACAACAACAACAACAACAAUAGUAAUAACCACAACACGCGCGAGCUCGUAUCAGCGGCGGGCUCCCGUGGGCCGCUGUCCCCAGGGGCGCCGUUCGACGUGGAGGUCAAGUGGAUGCACCGCCUCAAGGACAUGGAGAACAAGCUCAAGGCCGAGAGGGAGGGGCGGCGGCUCGACCGUAACGAGGCCAGCCGCAAGAUCAUCAGCCUCGAGGAGGUUGCCCUGCAGGCGCAGGCGCGGGAGGCCAAGAUCGAGAGGAGGCGGCGGAUGGAGGCCGCGCUGUCGCUGCAGGGCGGCGGUGACAAGAGCGGGAGGAGGAGCCCUAGCGCCGGCGGGCUUUAGGAGACGGGCCCCUGCGGGAGAUGCCGACGUGCCUCGGGGGGCCCGGGUGGUGGAGGGGCCGAUGCGGGCGGCGAGGGGGAUUUCUCGCUUCUCCCUGAGCUGGACGGGGCUGUCUUUCUUUUGUGAUCUCGGUCCUGUGGUGAAAAAGAAGGUGCCUUUUGUGAGGGCAUAUACAGCAGGGCAGAGCAGGGCAAGGCGUUGGGGUUGGAGGGUGCAUUCAGGGUGCGACAGGACGGCAACGGGAAAGUUCAACAGGGGGGGGGGGGGUUGGUGUAUGAUACCUGAGACGAGGGCACCGAGAGGUCUCUUUUUUCUAUUCCUUCUCGCUCGGUGCUAUGGAUACGCUUUUACAUUACCUUGACAUACUUUUCUUGGGGGGGGGGGGUUGGUUGCAUGAUACCGGUGCGCGCAGUUCAUAUACAUGUAUACCUACCUGGGUACGGAGCGUGCCUGUAAAUAGCCUGACCUGAAUUGUUGACGACGGACGAUGUCCGACUUUGGUUUUCUGAUAGCUUCGUUGGGUGGCUCGUUUCCUCAAUGGAUGUGAUCUGAGCCUUUUGAGUUCCCUUUCCAGCGCCGUGAAAUAUACCGUACAAGACCUACAAAUGUUGGACGGGCCAAACGAUCGACAUGUCAUGCCUCUUGCAUUGUUUGUCUCCACAUCACAUCACAUCACAUCGCAUCUCAGUCAAGCAACACCCUGCCCGGCUCAACAUCAACAGGCAGCUUCGACCACCUGCUCGCAUACACCCUGCCCUCCUUGAUCACCCCGAGCAGGUGCCUCUCGGGCCUCUCAAACACCGUGACGUCCUCGAGCGGGUUCGCGUUCAGCACCAGCAGGUCGGCAACAAACCCCUCGCGGACCUGGCCCAGCCUCGCCUCCUGGCCCAGGAGCCGCGCCGGGUUGACGGUCGCGUGCCUGAGCACCUCGGCGGCGGGCAGCACCCCCGCCCGCAGCCCAAACUCGCCCAGCUGCUCGGCGCCGAGGAACGAGAGCAGGUCGCUGCCGAGGCACAUGCGGACGCCGGCCUCGUGCGCGAGCCCGACGGCCUCC